AGGAUCUUUUAUUGCUCUGAUACCAUAUGAUCAAAUACUUGUAUUGAUACAUGAGAUGAAUGAUUUACAGAGUAUAUAUAGUCUAGACACUAGGGUUUCACUUAUAGAUAAUUACAAGUUGGUCCUUCAUAUAUACACUUCCUUAUAGCUUCACCCUGUGGUAGAGAUAGUACUACCGAACUUUCGCUUGUCCCGUACGCUCCUACUCAAGGAGGGAAUGGUUCUUGUGAGGGUUCAGGAACGGAGCUGCAGCAGAAGAUGUAUGAUAAUGUUCAAGGGAAAACCGAAACUCCUGAUUGGGAAAGUUUGAUUUCAGAUGCUUCUGAGCUUUUAAUCUUCGACUCACCUGAUGCUUCAGAGGCUUUUAGAUGCUUUAUGAUGCAGAGAGCUUCAACCUCCGAAGCACGUUUUAACACUGGUGUGGGAAUGCAAACAAUGCAGCCCGAUGCAAACAAGAAACCGGAGUCCUCAGAUGCGAUUCCUUAUGAGGCUGUUUCAUUCUUGCACCGUGGUAUAAGAAGACGCUGCCUGGACUUUGAGAUGCCGGGGAAUAAGCAAACAUUGAGUGAGAACAACACCGCGGCUUGUGAAUCUUCGUCGAGAUGUAUUGUACCGAGUAUUGGUCUUCAUUUAAAUGCAAUUGCAAUGUCCUCAAAGGAUUGUAAAACCAAUGUAACUCAGGACUACUCAUGUUCUGGGAAUAUACAAGUGGGUUUACAAAGCUCCAUCUCUAGUACAUUGCAAGAAACUUUGGACCAAACAGAAAAUGAAACCCGGGAAGAUGCAGAUCAAGAUGUUCCCGUUGAACCAGCAUUGCAAGAGUUGAAUUUGAGCAGCCCUAAGAAGAAGAGGGUUAAGUUGGAUUCUGGAGAAGGCGACUCGUGUAAGCGAUGCAAUUGCAAGAAGUCCAAGUGUUUGAAACUUUACUGUGAAUGUUUUGCUGCUGGAGUCUAUUGCAUAGAGCCAUGUUCAUGUAUAGACUGCUUCAACAAGCCUAUUCAUGAAGAUACUGUAUUGGCUACUCGCAAACAGAUUGAAUCUCGGAAUCCACUUGCAUUUGCUCCUAAAGUCAUUAGGAACUCUGACUCCGUUCUUGAAACCGGGGAUGAUGCAAGCAAAACUCCAGCUUCUGCUCGCCAUAAACGUGGCUGCAACUGCAAGAAAUCAAACUGUCUGAAAAAAUACUGUGAAUGCUAUCAGGGUGGUGUGGGAUGUUCCAUAAACUGUAGAUGUGAAGGAUGUAAGAACAAAUUCGGCCGCAAAGAUGGGUCUUCCAUUUCUGACAUGGAAGCUGAACAAGAGGAUGAAAAUGAAACAUCUGAGAAAAACAGAACAGCCAAAAGCCAACAGAAGACAGAGUUUUUAAUGAGAAAGGAAGCGAGUUCUGCUCUACCUACGACACCAACGCCAGAUUACAGACAAGAGUUGGUUCAAUUACUACCUUUCUCAUCAUCAAAGAACAGAAUGCCUCCUCCACAGUCUCUUCUUGGAGGUGGUUCUUCCUCAGGGAUAUUUGACAGUCAGUAUAUAAGAAAACCAGACAUUAAUUUGACUCAAUCCCGGAGGGAGAAGCCAUUCGAGAAUGUCGCAGAUGAUAGAGCGGAAGAUAUGCCUGAGGUUCUCAUCCACUCCCCUAUACCUAACAUCAAGAGUGUCUCUCCCAACGGAAAGAGGGUCUCUCCUCCUCAUAUGGAAUCAUCUAGCUCAGGUUCAAUCUCAGGGAGAAGAAGUGGCGGGAGGAAACUGAUACUGCAGUCAAUUCCAUCGUUUCCUUCUCUCACUCCCCAACACUGAAGCCAUUUGGUUGAUGUACCUAUGAAAAUUCUUUGAAUCUUUUUCAAGAUGAUAAAAGUCAACUUCUAGUUGGUAGUAAGUUAGCACUUAGCACACUUUAUGUCUGUAGUUUAGUGGUUGUGUAAUAAAGAUGUCAAUCCAUCAUGUUCUUCACAACACAAACCAAACAUUUCUUGUAAUAUAUAGGUUUCUUCUUUUGAAA